AUGUAUUCAUUACGUUCUCGUCGAGCGAAAAUUCUACUUGCAACAUCAUCAUUUGCUUUAAUUGCCUAUCUUAUUCGUCGCUAUCGUCGAUAUAUUUUAUUAAAAAAACGACGUACUCUUACAAAUUCACGAGAACAAACGACAACUAAUGUUACGCCAUUAACUCGUAAAACGCUUAAUAAACAAUUUUUUCAUCAAAUUCGAAUACUUAUUCGUAUUCUUAUUCCACGUAUAAGAAGUGAUUCGUUUCUUAUAUUAAUAGUACAUUUAACAACACUUAUAUCUCGAACAUUUCUUUCAAUUUAUAUAGCACAUCUUGAUGGUGCUAUUGUUAAAUCAUUAGUACAACGAAAUCCACGUAAUUUCCUACGUGCAAUAAGUAUUUUCGUUAGUGUUGCCAUUCCAGCUAGUUUUAUAAAUAGUUUAAUACGUUUUGCUGAAUCAAAAUUAUCAUUAGCAUUUCGUUCAAAAUUAACUCGUCAUGCAUAUGACGCUUAUUUUCGUAAUCAAACAUAUUAUCGAGUAUCAACUUUGGAUAGUCGACUGCUUACACCAGAUCAAAAUUUAACAGAUGAUAUUGAAACAUUUACAUCGACAUUAACUCAUUUGUUUUCACAUUUAACAAAACCAUUUUUUGAUAUUGCUGUUAUAUCAUGGUCUCUUGUUUCAAUGGUUCGACAAAGAAAAAAUGCACGAGGUCUUAAAGAGGUUCCCGGUAUGAUCUUGAUAGUUAUUAUAAUUACAUUUAUGGCUCUUCGAAGAUUAUCACCUCGAUUUGGUAAACUUGUUUCUGAAGAAGCUAGAAGACGUGGUAUACUUCGUUUUGCUCAUACAAGAGUUAUUGCUAAUGCUGAAGAAAUAGCUUUUUUUGAUGGUCAUGAAGUUGAAAAAAGUUGGAUUUUAAAAUUAUAUGAUCAAUUACGUGAACAAACAAAUUCAAUUAUUAAGAAAAAAUUAUGGUUUGUUAUGCUUGAACAAUUUUUAAUGAAAUAUUUUUGGCAUGCAUGUGGAAUGGUAACUAUUGCUAUACCUUUUCUUACAUAUGAUGGACCAGCAGAAACAGAUGAUCCAAUUGGAGAUCCACUUGGUAUUAGUGCUCGUACAGAAGCAUUUACAGUUAGUAAAAAUUUAUUAACUUCUGGUGCUGAUGCACUUGAACGUAUUAUAUCAUCAUAUAAAGAAAUUGCAGAAUUAGCUGGACAUACAGAUCGAGUUUAUACAAUGCUUCAUGUUUUUGAUGAUUGUGCUCAUUCAAAUUAUCAACGUACACCUAUAAUACCAAGUGAAAAUCCAAGUGAAUGUUCAUCCGCACUUGCAAAAAGAAAAAUAUCUGUUGAUCAUCGAGCAAAAGGUGAAAUAAUUGAAUCUGAUGAAGAUAUUAUUGCUGAAAAUGUUCCAAUUAUUACACCAAAUGGUGAUAUUAUUGUUGAAAGUCUUUCUUUAAAAAUUACACCAGCUAUGCAUGUUCUUAUCACUGGACCUAAUGGUUGUGGUAAAUCAUCAUUUUUUCGAAUUGUUCGAGGUUUAUGGCCUAUUUAUUCUGGUCGUCUUUAUCGACCAGAUCCAUCCAAUUUUUUUCUUAUACCUCAACGACCUUACAUGUGUCCAGGUACAUUACGUGAUCAAAUUAUUUAUCCGCAUACAGUUGAUAAUGCAUUCGUUGAUGAUAGUCAAUUAAUGGAAAUUCUUAAUAAUGUUGAAUUACAAUAUAUUGUACAACGUGAAGGUGGUUUAAAUGCUGAACGUGAUUGGAAAGAUAUUUUAUCAGGUGGAGAAAAACAACGUCUCGGUUUAGCUAGAAUUUUCUAUCAUCAACCACGUUAUGCUUUACUUGAUGAAUGUACAAGUGCUGUAUCAAUUGAUGUUGAAGGAAAAAUUUAUGAACGAGCAAAACAAUUAGGAAUUUCAUUACUUACUAUCACACAUCGACCAUCUCUUUGGGCUUAUCAUACACAUUUACUUCAAUUUGAUGGUAAUGGUCGAUGGACAUUUGAAGUACUUAAUACAGAAAAACUUUUGACAUUAAAAGAUGAAAAAGAACGUCUAGAAUCACAAUUAGCUGGUAUACCAGAAAUUCAAAAACGUUUAAAUGAAUUAACUCAAUUAAUUGGUGAAGAUAUAAUAACGACAACAGAAAAUGAAGAGAAUGAUGAUUAA